GCAAAACCUUCUGAAGAAGAAUGGAAUGUCCUAUAUGAUUGAAUGACUGGUCUAUGACCCUUGUGCCACUAGCAUUAAGCUGAGGACACAGUUAUUGCAAAGAAUGUAUUCACAAGCUAAAUAAAGAAGGCCUUGUCACCUGCUGCAUUUGUAAAGAGGCGGACACCUUCACCUCCCUCUCAGAUCUAGAGAUAAACCUUUCCUUUUUAAAGAGAAAGCAUUAUUUAAAAGAGAACCCGGACUCUGAUAGUCUAUCUAAGAAAUUAAAUCUUGAGAUUUUUAAGGACUACAGGUGUCCAUCCCACAACGCUCCAGUGCAUUCUUACAACCCAGAUACUAUGGAGAUCUUCUGUUGUUAUUGUGAACUUGGAAGCAAGACUCCUGAAAGAAUCCAGAGAAUCCCAAAGGUCCUUCAUCAACUAAUAACCAGUGUUGAUUCCCAGAAGCUUAAGAAGAAGCAUGCUUUGCUUCAGAUCAAGUAUCUCGAGAAUGAAGUUAAGGCCCAACUCGACCAAGUCAAGGAAGAUAAUCUAGCCAAGGUAGACACUCAUUUUGAUAAGCUGAAGGCAUUCAUUGAGUUGAAAAGAGAUGAAGUAAAGCGAGAGUAUUCUACUAAAUUUGAGAAAUAUGCCAAAACACUUGGUGAAUACUUUAACCAUUCUCAAGCAACAAAGAAGCAUAUCUUUGUGAUUGAUUAUUUGAUGGAUGAGGAAGAGAAUGGCAAGAUCACUGAUUACUGUGAAAGCUGUACAGAGGUUUGUAAUUUUGAGAAUGAGAUCAACCCGAGAAUGAUUAAGGUACCUACAGAGGCUCUCACAUUUGAUCCUGUCGAGUCUCUGAAUGAUCUUUCUGAAAGAUUGAACAAUUUUGUAACUUUCAAAACUUCACUUGUUCCUCAUAAAUUUGAAGUAAAUACUGACUUGCUUGAUAUCACCAAGUUUUGGUAUUGCCAUCACUGUGAGACUCAGAACAGUUCUGUAGAGAAUAAACUCUCUUGCUCAGCAUGUCUGACACCCAGACCCAUCGAAUGCUAUGAAUCAUUCUUCAAGAACUACAUGUAUGCCACAGAAGGGGACAUCAGAAUUCUUGAAGAAAGGCAAAAAUCUGAAAAUGACCUGAUUUGCGCCUUAAAUGAACCAUCUCCAAAAGACAGAACUUAUUACGUAAUGAGUGAAUCUUGGGUCUCUCUUUGGGAGUAUUAUAUCAAGCAGCGGUCUAAAAGUUAUAAUUUACAGACUAAAGAUGAUACCAAGCUGGUUGACUAUAUCUCUCACCCUGGGCAGAUCAAUAACCAAGGCUUACUCAAGAAACCGACUGAGGGGCAAGUUCAUAACUCUAGUGAGUACAGAAUCGUUAACCCCAGAGUUUGGAAUGCCUUCUUCCAGAUUUAUGGGGGUGGACCGAAGAUUCAUAGAAGGGAGAAGAAAAUUAACUCUGAAGAAGUUCUAUAUGACCCUUAUGAGAGUGAGUUCAAGGCUAAAAUUGAAAGAAUUAAAAGUAAAAAUGCUAUAAAGAAAAAAUACAGACAAAAGCCAGCCCUUCCAAAAAAACCAAAGACUGGAAUCAGCGGUAGAGUGAGACAAGUUUCAUCAAGUAUUUCUGAGAAAUACAAUAUACAAAGAUCAUAUCCUCGUAAGAUACCCUCUAUGAAUGUGGAGUGGCACGGGUUGUAUAAUAAAGAUGAAAAGCAUGCUUAAUUGUCGAUCAAAAGUUCUGAAAUAAUUUGUAAAGCUUCAUAUUUAUCAAGUUAUAUUAAUCC